AUGCACGUGGACGCGCACCAUCAUGGGGUUGACAGGCCGUCCAAGCAUCAGAUUCUGGCGGCCUAUCGCCGCCAGUCAAGUGGCAGUCAGAGUGGCCCAGAUGGCUCGCCAUCACCGCGCCGACCCACGCCAGGAUACCGCCCCUCGAGCGACCACGCCCCGCCCAGCGAUCCUCGCAAGCCCAAUCCUGGAGCUAACCGAGCUCGCAGCGAUCGCCACUCGAGUGCCAGCCAUGAGCCGUCUCGACGCGAAAGCAGCAAUGGACUCGACAACUACUUUUCCUCGACAAAGCCUUCCCAGGCGGCGCGACCCAACCCGUCCGUUCAUGAAAAACAACCCUCCAGCUCGCGGGCCUCCACCCAGAGCACGAGCAGCACCCAUCGCCGUUCUGUUACAGAAUCAUCCACCCGCCGGGCCAGUGGGCGAGCCUCGAGCACCUCGACACCUCGGCCGGAUGCCCCAUCCCGCGAGUCUGCUGCCAGCAAGCGCGCUCCCCCCAAACCUGGUAGUAGCCAAGUCAACUCACAUAAUGACGGCUUUCUCAAGUUUUCCGUUCACGCCCGGGGAUAUGGACCAAGCAAGGUCGGCAAACCACGAGCCAAAUCCGUUGGCGAACUUAGCCGUCUAGAAAAACUGAACAAAAAGGCCUUGGAGAAGAAGCAGCGCGAGGCGGAAAAGCGACUGCGUGAGGCAGACAAGAAAGCCAAGGCCGACGCCAAAGCCGACGCCAAGGGAGAUGUACGGCACGCUGGGUUGGACCCGAGAUCGUUUAGAUGCCUUUGCUCACCCGCUCUAUUGACUCGCACGCUUCAGGCGAUUCACGACGAGGACCUGACGCACACGCAACCCCUGCCAGCUGGCUCUCCGUUGCACGUCAAGACGCACCCGGCGCAAUUCUUGGAUGCCAUGAUGAUCGUUGAAUUUUGUCGUGCCUUUAGCGGUGGCAUGGCUGUCGACAGUUGCGCGCGCCUGACUCUCGAAAAGCUAGAGGUGUGCCGCCACUACCUCUUGCUACAUAGCAAAGUGGCUGGCUGGUCCCGCGAGCAAGUCACGGCCAUUACAGAGGCCCUCAGCAAAAAGCACUUUGCAGAUCUGGCACUCGAGGAUCAGAUUGCCACUCUGCGCUUCCUGGCGGACCAGCAUUUCGAUAAUGAUCACAUCCUUGAGAUUUUUGAUCAGCAUCAAAAUAAACUUGCUGAUAUGCGUCGUGACAAGGAGCAACAAAUCGAGGAGGAGCGGCUUGAAUCUGACUUCCUGCACGAGUUGGAGGCCCGCCUGAUGGUUGAGCAGAACAAGUUUGCAGACGCUUGCAAGGGUGAGGAUCGGCACCGCCAACGCUAUUACGUGUUUCCCUCGCGCAAAGGCAUCUAUUGCCACAACCCCGAGGCAAACACAUGGACGUGUUACAUGGAUCGUGCGGCGGGUGAGGGUCUGCUUUCGGCCCUCGACUUGCGUGGUCUGCGCGAGCGUAAGCUCCAUGCUGCUCUCAAGCCUUGGGUCGAAGUCCUUGCGCCAAAGCAAGAGCCGACCGAGGCCAUGGAUACCGAAGCCCUUGACAGCCCGGCCCGGCCUGACGCGGAGCCGAACGCGGAAGGAGUAAACGGACUUGCGUCUGCAAAUGCGCCAACCCCACCACCAGCCUCGACUGACCUGGAGUCUCUCCUCAGUGCAAAAGCAGGUGUUGACUUUUCAGAAUGCUAUCAAAUGUUGUGCUUUUCCGGAUUUGAUUACGAGCCUGAAGAUGACAUCUUGGAUGCUCUUUCAAACAAAACGCCAGCUCUUACUGCCAUGAGCAACCUGCUAGCACGCGUGGGCCAACGAUUGCAACCCAAGUACUUGGCGCCACCCCUUACGACCGGCAAGGACACUGCAAAAUUGAGCGACGUGUUUACACGUUGGUUGUCGUAUGUCCAAGCAGCCACCUCCUGGUCGGCCUGGUUCACGGCCUUUCAUAUCUUUGAUGACUGCAUCCAACGCGACAAAUCGCUCGAUGAGCGCACCAAGAGUCAACCGCGAACAGCACGCAAGGCAGCAAAGCGUGCAAAGCGUGCCAACCAGCGCCUACUGGUGGGACGGCAUGAAAGUGACAGCGAUGGUGAAUCGGAGCCCCAAGAAGAGGAAGACGAGGACGAUGGAGAGCUGCCUUCGGGACCCGAUGAUAGUGAUAGCGACUACGCUGAGCACCCGGUCUACGCGUCUCAAGUGGGGGAUCAUGUCGACUUGUCCGAUAUGCGCGCCAAGUUUGAUCAAAACGAAUACCACGCAUCCGCCGAUUUUGCAGCUGACAUGAAGCGACUUUUCAUCAAUUGCCAGCUUCUCGACCCAGAAUCUGAGGAGUUUUUGGCCAUGUUUGACUUUCAGGCUGCGUUUGUGGCCAAGUGGAAGGAGGCGUUUGGCGAGGAGCCGUGA